AUGAGUGAUUCCCAAGUAGAGACACAGAUUACUUUCGGUUGUUUCUAUGGAGGCAAGUUUGAUAGUGUUGAUGGCCGAGAACUUUACACCGGUGGUGAAUUUGUUGAUGAAGAGAUUGAUGAAUAUCUGACACCCGUAUGCUCAGAUGAUGAAGAAGAUGAUAAUGUGGCAGGGGGUUAUUUUAGAUAUAAGAAAGGCAGUGGUGAGCUGAAAUUGAGACAAUCCUUUGACAGUUUAGAAGAUUUUAAGCAAGCUAUGGUCGAUUAUGUAUUAAAGGAAGGAUGGAAUGUGAAAUAUGUCCGUUGGGAGAAAGACAAGUCUGAACUUAAAUGUGCAAGUGAAGCUGAAGAAGGAGAAGAAAACUGUAUGUGGAAGAUUUACUGUUCUUAUGAAGAACCAUUGCAAAAAUGGUUGGUUAAAGUAUACAACAAGAAGCAUACUUGCAUGAAGACUUGGCGUUCUAAGAUACUUUCUCAAGAGGUCAUCGCCAAGCUGUUUGUGGAUGAUCUAAGAGAUGAUCCGACCAUCAUGCCAAAAGCUAUUCAAUAUGAGAUUCAGAAGCGUUGGAGUUUAAUUGCAACGGUAGACCAGUGCAGAAAGACAAAGAAAAGGGCCCUAGACAUGAUCCAAGAGGAAAAUGACUUACAAUUCUCAAGACUUAGAGACUACCGUCUAGAGCUCAUAGAGAUCAAGGGGAAGAAUGAGUCUCCAAGUAAGAAGAAGGCAAAGCAGAGGGAUCCGUCUCCAACAAAGAUUUCAAGAGAAAAAAGAAUCGUUCAUUGUAGAAGAUGUGGAGAAAGUGGACAUAACACAAGAAGAUGUCAGAAUGUUGUAAUUGCUCUUCACCGACCACCAAAAAAGAAGAAGGUGCUUGAAGCUCAAUCUGAUAUUGGUGAGGGAUCAAGUCAGCCAAUGCAAAGCCAAGAUAAUGUUUGGUUAAGAGAGGCUUUUGAGGCUUUUGAUGGUUCGAUUCAUGGAUUAAUGGUUAGCGUUAAGGUUGUUGGCGUUAUGAAGCACAAUUUGCACAUCUACGGCACAUGA